AUGGCACAGGCAUCAGCUCCAUCUACAAUAGUGUCAUCAGGGCAGUAUAACAACAAUUUGGUUUCUGGGGCACGAGCAUCAAUGGAUUCACACAGAUAUCCAAUGACGUAUACGAAGGAUGAUUAUGCACAAAGUCCUAGCCUUCAGUACCAUCGUGGACAGAUGCAUCCAGCCAGCCAUCCAUAUGCACAUGGUACUCGUGCUAAUCACACCAUAACAAGCGGGCCAAUGCAUUCACUUGAGAAUGGAUCGCCUCAAAACAUGCCUGCAGAAAAUACACAUAAAAAACCAAGACGUACCUGGAUACAAUAUACUCGUGCUCAGAUAAAAGUUUUGCAGGCAUUGUUUGACAAGAACGAGUACCCAAACAUGGGUGAUCGAGAAGAGUGUGCUAGAAUAAUUAAUUCUGAUGAAGCUCGAAUCCAGGGUUGGUUUAAAAAUCGUCGUGCAAAAUGUAAGCAACAAGCCCCACAACGAAAAAAACCAGAUUCAACAACAAAUGAUUUUACAUCAUCAAAUGGAAGUGCAACAAGUGAGGCAAUGUCACCUAUAAUUACAAAUAAUGUAUGUCCAUUGCCAAUGGGAAGUGCUGAUAGUAAGGCAAGUAGUGCAAGUAGUGCGACUAUUCCAACACCAUCACCACAAAUUCCAGAUGAACCAACACAAUCAUCAACAUCAUAUCAACAUAGUGUACAUCAGCCACAUGUUGAUUAUAGUCAUUCUUGGGUUCUUCCAACAGUAACACCUCAGACUUCAGUACCUGAUAAUAAUAGUCAAUAUACUGGUUGUUACAAUAGUUAUCAAAAUCCAUACCCUGGAAAUCCAUCAACCGUACAAUUAUAA